AUGGCAGUUAUCAUGACAGCCGAGGCCACGCUCUUUGAUCCGUACCUCGUUGCAGAGUACGAUCCAUAUGGAGGUGGAGCCGAGGAGGACGAGGCCGAGGCCGAAGCCGAGGCCGAGGCCGAGGCCGCCGAGGAUGAGUGCAUCGAGAUUCUGGAUGAGGAAGACGAAGGCGAGGCGUAUGGAGAAGACCAGCCAGACGAGUCAACAGAGGUAGCUCCCAAAGAAUUGGAGGACCCAAGCUUGGCAUGGCAGGUGGCGGAGGAGACCCCGUUUCUUCCACCAGAUGGCUUCGACGAGCCGAGGCAGCUGCUCGAGGAGGACACUUUGCCGGAGGAGGCAGAGACUCUCGAAGUUUACGAAGAGGCAGAGGCUUUCAUGGAAGAGGCUGCCGAAGUGGGGGAAGCAGCGGAGGGACUCGUCUUUGAAGAGGAGGAAGCACUUGUCGCGUACGGCGAUGCCGAUGCUGACGAGGCAGGACUGCUUCCCGAGACGGCCGAGGAUCUCCAGGAAGCCGAGGAGCCCUUGGAGCUCCUGGAGCUCUUGGAGCCGGAGGCGGAGGAGCCUCCUGGCGAGGUCGGCGAGGUUGGUGGGCGGCGUGUUACCCGUGCUGGCAAGCAGACCUUUACAACGCCAUGCUACCAUCCUCACACAAAGAUCUCAUCAGACUGA